AUGUACUAUUGGUUGGGGGUUUUCGGUACUUUCUGUUUUUCAGUGAUGCCUGUGUCGCAGCCAGUGCGUGCUAAGAGUUUGUUACGGGCAAACUUAGAAAACUCUCGCGGGGGAUUACUCUGUAGCAGAAUGCCCAAUAUUAAGGUAUUCAGUGGGACAUCUCAUCCUGAUCUUGCCCAACGAAUUGUUGACAGACUUGGAAUCGAUAUUGGAAAAGUUGUCACGAAGAAGUUCAGCAACCUCGAGACAUGUGUAGAAAUAGGAGAAUCUGUCAGAGGAGAAGAUGUGUACAUUGUACAAAGUGGAAGCGGAGAAGUAAAUGAUAAUUUGAUGGAGCUCUUAAUUAUGAUCAAUGCUUGCAAAAUAGCAUCUGCGUCCAGAGUAACUGCUGUCAUUCCAUGUUUCCCAUAUGCAAGGCAGGAUAAAAAGGACAAGGGAGGCGAUGGUGGUGACAAGUCAAAUUCCAAUAAGAGUCAUAUUGUCAUGAAGUCAAACGAGUGGAAAUUCAGGGAUAUUCUGCCCGACCUGUCUACAAGUAGAGCACCAAUCUCAGCAAAAUUAGUGGCAAAUAUGCUGUCAGUGGCAGGGGCUGAUCAUAUAAUUACUAUGGAUCUGCAUGCUAGUCAAAUACAAGGUUUCUUUGACAUUCCAGUGGACAAUUUAUUUGCCGAACCAGCCGUUUUAAAAUGGAUAAAAGAAAAUAUUGCAGAAUGGCGAAAUAGUAUUAUAGUUUCUCCAGAUGCAGGCGGUGCCAAAAGGGUAACAUCUAUUGCAGAUCGACUUAAUGUUGAAUUUGCACUUAUUCACAAAGAAAGGAAAAAGGCAAACGAAGUAGCAAGUAUGGUACUAGUAGGUGAUGUUAAGGACAGGGUAGCGAUACUAGUCGAUGAUAUGGCUGAUACAUGUGGCACAAUAUGUCAUGCUGCAGAAAAACUUCUAGAAGCUGGUGCCACGAAAGUUUAUGCAAUUCUUACGCAUGGAAUUUUUAGUGGACCAGCGAUUAGUAGAAUCAAUAAUGCAUGUUUCGAGGCGGUUGUAGUAACUAAUACUAUUCCUCAGGAUGAACAUAUGAAAGAUUGCCCGAAAAUACAGUGUAUCGAUGUAUCGAUGAUGUUUGCUGAAGCUGUCAGAAGGACCCACAAUGGUGAAUCUGUAUCGUACCUGUUCUCUAACGUGCCAUACUAGGUUAAAAACUAAUUAGAACAUACUCUCUUAAGAUGAAUAAGUAAAAAGAGUGUAGUCUUUUUACAUUUGUUUAUUAUUAUUCUUAGUUUAGUCAAAAGACAUUGCCUUGAUUGGCUAACGCGAGAAUAGUAUUUUUAAAUUUACUAGAUUUUUUUCUUUUCUUUUUUUUUUGGACGACCAUUAGUAGAAAUAUAAUAUUUACUUUUAUUAUGUCAGAGUUUUCAGAAGGUAUGUUCGUAGCUAUUAGAUUAAUAAGUAGAUCCUUUGUGAUCUAAUUGUGUGUUAUUAUGUGUCUGCUAGAAGAUAAGAAAAUGCAUAGGAAUCACUCCAAUUAUAAUAUCUGAUUUACACAAUCAGUAAAUAACGUGUAUAUUGACUUCAUUAUGCGAACUUUAAUUUACAUAAUAGCAUUUAUAAAUGCCUCAAAACGAGAUCGACAUAAUAUUGAUAAAAAUAUGUUCAUUACAAAAAAGUAGUUUAUGUACUCAUUUGUAUUGAUUACCGUUAUAAAGUUUUGAGUACGAAUGUCCAAAAUAAGAGCCGAUAUUUUCAUUAGUUCUAUAUGUGCUCUGGAUUAUUAUAAGAAUUUUACGAUGAAUAACUAAUAAUGAAAUAAUAAUUGAGCCAUAUACUAUUGGAAAUAUCUUACUAUCAAUAUACAAUAUACAAAUGCGAGAUCUGCAAUAUAACUAUUGAUAAAUUAAUAUUAAUCUGACACCCAGUAAGCUAUGCAAAUUGCGGUAAUUUAAAAUUUUUUAUAUAUUAUAUCAAUAUCUACCACACUUUUAAUAUCUUAAUAUUAAUAAGAGUUUAUUAAAUAAAGAAAGUAAAUAAUUUGUAUUGAAACGUUAUUUAUAUAAAACGUUUUUCUUAUUGCAAAUACAUUAAUUGUGAAUUCAAUAAUCAUACCUAUGAUUUAUCUUGGACCAAUAAAAGAAAUAAAUACAAAUCAAUAUGUAUACCAACCUAUGUCUAAAAAGGUUUGUUUUUGCUUAAAAAUAUUGCUUAUUGUUAAACUGGGUAUUACAAUAAAACAAAAAAACCAAAGCAA